AUGGGCUCCCUUCGUUUUCUCCUUUUCGCAUCGAUCGCCACUUUGGUUUCCUGUCGCGAUGUCCCCGAUAAUAUCAAGGCUUUCAAAGAGAGCAUCAUAAAACAGGGCUCUUGUAAUGAUACUCUCGCAGAAGGCUUCCACAGCGCCGACGGCGACGAUGGCUCAUACGUCUACUGCGGCGACCAUCUCAAAGACUACAAUGUGAUAUAUCUUCAGGGCACCAAAGGCAAGCUCGUCAAUAUGGACAUCGACUGUGAUGGAGUCCAGGGCAGCUCUGCAGAUGACGGGCGCUGUGGCUCAUCAGGCGACACACAAUCCGUCACGUCUUUCCAAGACCAGCUAAAAUCGUAUGGAACGGAUCAGAAGGACCUCGAUGCCAAUAUUCAUCCUUACGUGGUGUUCGGAAACGUGGGUACCAAGAAGAACUGGCCAACUUUUGAUGCGCAAAAGCACGGCAUCAAGCCACUGAGUGUGAUGGCUGUUUUUUACGGCAUCUGGGGCGACGAGAAUGGCGAUGAUGGUGAUGAAGCUAUGGUCGGAGAGGCCUCCGUCUCUCUUGCAACAGCUUGCUUCGGCGAUGAUAUGAACGGCGACAAUGGUCAUGAUGAAGAUGAUGUAUUGUAUAUUGCCUUCCCUGGUAGCGACGCUGUCCCAGGAGAAGAUGGUGCCGACUGGGACGCCAAAAACUUCAAAGACUUCGAAGAGAGUCUUGGUGGUGUUGGAGAUAAGUUGGUCGCUCGAAUCGAGGACAUCGAUAGUGGUGCCUCUUGCUUGUGGCCUGGUACAUGGGGAAUGGGUCUACUCGUCGCAUCGGCUAUGGUUGCCAUGGUGGUUUGA